ACAAUUUCGUGUUUGGUUGGGUAGAAAAUUUGCAGAACAGAAUUGUUCGUGGAUUGUCAAUAAAUYUGCUUUGAAUUUUCUGAUAACGAAAGUCAAUGAUGGAGGGUCCAUCUCCAAGAAAGCGAAAGAGGAAUUGAAACAGAAGCCAAUCCAUAUACGCGCAAUUGCAAAUAGGAUCAUGAUGGCUAAAAGUUUCGCUCACUUUGAACUCCCCAACUUCCAAAACUUUUUUCCUCUCUUUUUGUCUCUCACUCCUAACAAUUUUCUUGCUCCCCCGGAUUUCCCUUUUCUUACUUUGCUUAAUUGAAUCCAACGAAUUCAUAUCGUCAUUGUUUUAACGGGAUCAUCACAUAUGUUGACACCCAUUUCAAUUUGGUUUUCAUGUGCUUUCUCACAUUCCACUCUGUAGAAUCGAUUACAUGAAUUUUCAGCUUCGUUUUCAGUUUUCCAUUCCAAGCUCUUCGUCCGGAGGGUUAAUUCUUUUCGCCUAGUUGGUAUAUUAUUAAUUUUCCGUUCAAUUUCCAAUUAUAUACAUAUAUUAUAAAAAAUAUAAAUCUAUGUGUUCUGGAUACAAGAAUAUGAAGCUGACCGUUCGUGUAAUCGAGGCUCGGAAUUUACCAGCAACGGAUCUAAAUGGAUUCAGUGAUCCGUACGUCCGGUUGCAGCUUGGUAGGCAGAGGUUUAGGACCAAGGUGGUCAAGAAGACCUUAAAUCCGACUUGGGGAGAAGAGUUUAGCUUCCGGGUGGAUGAUCUUGACGAAGAGCUAAUUAUCUCUAUCUUGGACGAAGAUAAGUAUUUCAAUGAUGAUUUUGUUGGACAGGUUAAGAUGCCCGUUUCGCGGGCUUUUGAUUCUGAUAAUGGGUCGCUUGGCACUGCUUGGUAUUCUAUUCAACCCAAAAACAAAAAAUCCAAGCAGAAGGAUUGUGGUGAAAUCCUUCUUGUUAUAUGUUUUUCUCAAAGCAACGCAUUUGUAGAUUUCAGUUCCAAUGGUAACGCGUCUUAUCCAAAGACGCCUGGCGAUGAAAUAAUGGGUUCACCGUCGAGGUCUCAAAGUAGCAAAUCUAGCUCACCGUCUCCAGUGAGGCAAAGAGAAAGUUCGUUUAGGGAACAUAGGUUUUCUCAACAGAAGACUUUUGCUGGUCGCAUUGCUCAAAUUUUUCAUAAAAACGUUGAUACUGCCCCGUCCAUUUCUUGUCGACCUACUAUUGAAUUGUCAGAGAUACCUGAACUGUCCCCAUCUGAAGUUUCUGAAGUCAAUUCAGAAGAUCAGUCCUCAAUGGCUACAUUUGAAGAAACAAUAAAAGUAAUGGAGUCAAAGGAUCAAGAAACCGAAACCCCUUCAAAUUUUCCAGGAAUAAUGGUCGAUCAAUUGUAUGCCAUUUCACCCUCGGACCUCAAUUCUCUACUCUUUUCAUCAGACUCAAGUUUUCUACGAUCCUUGGCUGAUAUUCAGGGAACUACAGAACUGCAACUUGGAAAUUGGAAAUUCGAGAAUGAUGGUGAAAGCUUAAAGAGAACAGUAUCAUAUCUUAAGGCUCCAACAAAACUAAUCAAAGCUGUCAAAGCAUAUGAGGAACAGACAUACGUAAAAGCUGAUGGAAAGGUUUAUGCAGUUCUAGCUAUUGUAAGCACUCCAGAUGUAAUGUAUGGGAGCACAUUCAAAGUAGAAAUACUUUACUGCAUAACACCUGGUCCUGACCUUCCGUCAGAAGAGAAAUCUUCGCGAUUGGUAGUUUCAUGGCGAAUGAAUUUUCUUCAGAGCACUAUGAUGAAAGGAAUGAUUGAGAAUGGAGCGAGGCAAGGUAUAAAGGACAAUUUUGAUCAGUAUACUAGUUUGUUAUCUCAGACUGUUCCUCCAGUUGAUCAAAAGAAUAUUGGGUCAAAUAAGGAACAGGUUUUGGCAUCUUUGCAGCUGCAGCCGCAGUCAACCUUUAAACUUGCUGUACAAUAUUUUGCUAAUUGCAGUGUUGUGUUCACUACUUUUAUGGCUUUGUACGUGCUUGUACACAUUUGGCUGGCUGCACCUAGCAUGAUUCAGGGGCUUGAAUUUGUAGGGCUCGACUUACCUGAUUCAAUAGGCGAAUUCAUUGUGUGUGGCGUCCUAGUUCUGCAGGGUCAACGUGUUUUAGGGAUGAUUUCACGCUUCAUGCAUGCCAGACUGCAGAAAGGGAGUGAUCAUGGAGUCAAAGCACAGGGAGAUGGAUGGUUGCUAACCGUUGCUCUGAUUGAAGGGUGUAGUUUAGCCGCAGUUGAUUCAAGUGGCUUAUCUGACCCAUAUGUGGUGUUUACAUGUAAUGGGAAAACAAAAAACAGCUCAAUUAAGUUCCAGAAAUCUGAUCCUCAAUGGAAUGAAAUUUUUGAAUUUGAUGCAAUGGAUGAACCCCCUUCUGUGUUGGGAGUUGAAGUUUAUGAUUUUGAUGGGCCUUUUGAUGAGGCUACAUCUUUGGGACAUGCCGAGAUCAAUUUUCUCAGGACUACUAUAUCAGAUUUAGCUGACAUAUGGAUACCUCUUCAGGGGAAGUUGGCUCAGACAUGCCAAUCCAAAUUGCACUUGAGGAUUUUCUUGGAUAAUACGAGAGGCAGCAACGUUAAUGUUGUUAAAGAUUAUUUAAGUAAAAUGGAAAAAGAGGUUGGGAAAAAGAUCAAUUUGCGUUCUCCUCAGUCUAACUCAGCCUUUCAGAAACUAUUUGGGCUUCCAGCUGAAGAAUUUCUUAUUAAUGACUUUACCUGUCAUUUGAAGCGUAAAAUGCCAAUUCAGGGGCGCCUCUUUCUGUCAGCUAGAGUCAUAGGUUUCCAUGCAAAUAUAUUUGGGCAUAAGACCAAAUUCUUUUUCCUUUGGGAGGACAUUGAGGAUAUUCAAGUUGUUGCUCCUACUCUUUCAUCAAUGGGUAGUCCAAUUAUCGUUAUAACUCUCCGAGCAGGUAGAGGUAUGGAUGCAAGGAGUGGUGCAAAGACACUAGAUGAGGAAGGCAGGCUGAAAUUCCAUUUCCAUUCCUUUGUAUCGUUUGGUGUAGCACAUAGGACAAUCAUGGCUCUGUGGAAGGCUAAAUCUUUGAGUCCAGAGCAGAAAGUGCGAAUAGUUGAAGAAGAGUCUGAUGCUCGCUUACAAAUUGAAGAGAGUGGAUCAUUUUUGGGUCUCAGUGAAGUCACCAUGUCUGAGGUUUACUCAUCCACUCUUUCUGUUCCUACCAGCUUUGCUGUGGAACUAUUCAAUGGGGCUGAGUUGGAACGCAAAGUCAUGGAGAAGGCUGGUUGUCUUAAUUAUUCAUUUACUCCAUGGGAAUCAGAGAAGGAUAAUGUUUUUGAUAGGCAAAUAUAUUAUAUAUUUGACAAGCGUAUCUCCCACUACAGAGUGGAAGUGACAACUACACAGCAAAGACGCUCCCUUCCUUCUAAAAAUGGUUGGCUCGUUGAAGAGGUCUUGACACUUCAUGGAGUUCCCCUUGGUGACUAUUUCAAUGUUCACCUUAGAUAUCAAAUUGAGGAUUUACCUUCCAAGUUGAGGGGAUGUAGCAUACUAGUAUUCUUUGGAAUGGCCUGGCAGAAAAGCACUAAGCAUCAGAAAAGGAUUACAAAAAACAUCCUUAAAAAUAUACAAAAUCGUCUAAAAAUUACUUUUGGACUUGUUGAGAAUGAAUCUGCAACAAGAUAGUGCUUGUAUUUGAUGUAUUGCUAUGUAAAUCUACAUGGAGAUGAAGACAUGCAUACGGGAGCUGGUGCUUUGACGACGGGUGACAUUCUGCUUCUUUUCUCAGCUAACGUCUUUAAGAUUCAAGCUAGAUUGGGAAACAAGACUAUAUCAUUCUGUUGUUUUGUAUUGAAAGCUAUACUUGCUUGCCCCCAUGGUAUUUCUUGAUCUCAGAACAGGCUUAUUAGUUAUUCAGAAGGGUGGAAAGAUGAUUGAUCGGAGGACUCUGAUGUGAAAGUUUGGAUUUGAUGGAAAUGGAGCUGGCUUUGGCAUCUGGAAACCAGGUAUUCAAUCUCAAUGACCUUAAACGUUGGCACUGGGAUUUCAUAGUCAUUUCCUCGAAAUUCAAAAGCCCACUGGGAGUUAUAGUUUCUUCCCUUCGAUGGGAAUGGCAUAGAAAAUUCAGAUUAUAUACUAGACCCGAAAUGGCAGGGUCAAAUUCUUUGUUCAUUAGUUUAUAUACCUAUAGGUUCUUUGUAAUCAUUCAUUGCUAGGCAGGAGUAAUUAUAAAAGCUUCUCUUUUUGUUUCUAAUAGCAGGAGUUCAUUGAGUAAUGCUGAAUCAUCAAUGUAGAAGUCUCAUGUUAGCUUUGUGGUGUAUGAGACAAAAAUUUUGAUUCGAUGUACAAACUAUGCAAUAAGUAAUGAUAUAUAUAACAUCAGUUGAGUUUUUUGAUAGAAAAA